AUGGAGUGGCAGUGGGUGAAAGACUGGUGGCGGCUAAAACACUGGAGAAAUAAAGAAACAAAGGAGAAAAGUGAUGAUGACUUUUGUUGUUGUGAUGAGUGUUUACCCGAUGGCGAGUUGGACCUGUGCGAGUCUUUAGAAUCGAAUGGCGAUGGCUGCGGCAAGAAAGUGGUGGUCGGCGUCUGCGCCAUGGCCAAGAAGUCGCAAUCGAAGCCAAUGAAGGAAAUAUUGACACGGCUGGAUGAAUUCGAGUAUAUUAAAAUGCUCGUGUUCCCAGAGGAGGUUAUACUUAAGAAACCAGUUGAAGAAUGGCCUAUUUGCGACUGUCUUAUAUCAUUUCAUUCGAAAGGAUUUCCACUUGAUAAAGCUAUUCAGUAUGAAAAGUUACGAAAACCCUAUGUAAUAAAUAAUCUUCACAUGCAGUAUGAUAUUCAAGAUCGUCGCAGAGUUUACGCUAUUUUAGAAAAUGAAGGAAUUGAAAUUCCUAGAUAUGCCGUCCUAGAUAGAGAUUCACCAGAUCCUAAACACCACGAGUUGGUGGAAUCGGAGGAUCACGUGGAAGUGAAUGGUGUCGUGUUUAAUAAGCCGUUCGUGGAAAAGCCAGUGUCGGCGGAAGACCACAAUAUUUACAUUUACUACCCGACAUCAGCCGGCGGCGGUAGCCAGCGACUGUUUAGAAAGAUUGGAAGCCGCAGUAGUAUUUAUUCGCCGGAAUCUCGUGUGAGAAAGACUGGGUCUUUUAUAUACGAAGAUUUUAUGCCUACUGAUGGCACAGAUGUGAAAGUCUACACGGUAGGCCCGGAUUAUGCCCACGCCGAAGCGCGCAAGAGCCCAGCUCUGGAUGGCAAAGUUGAACGCGAUUCUGAGGGCAAAGAAAUCCGAUAUCCAGUUAUAUUGUCCAAUCAAGAGAAGUUAAUAUCUAGGAAAGUUUGUCUGGCCUUUAAGCAGACGGUUUGCGGGUUCGACCUAUUGAGAGCCAAUGGCAAAUCGUUUGUAUGCGACGUAAACGGAUUUUCGUUUGUCAAAAAUUCCAAUAAGUACUACGAUGACUGCGCAAAAAUUCUUGGGAAUAUGAUAUUAAGAGAAUUGGCGCCAACGUUGCAUAUACCCUGGUCGGUGCCUUUUCAACUUGACGAUCCUCCAAUAGUCCCUACGACGUUUGGGAAAAUGAUGGAAUUACGAUGUGUGGUAGCUGUUAUAAGGCAUGGAGAUAGGACCCCUAAGCAGAAGAUGAAGGUCGAAGUUAGACAUCCUAGAUUCUUUGAAAUCUUCGAAAAGUAUGACGGCUUUAAACGCGGUCACGUGAAACUAAAAAAGCCGAAGCAGUUACAAGAGAUCCUUGAUAUUGCGCGUGCGUUGCUCGCUGAUAUUCACACACGUCACGCUGACCCGGAAAUAGAGGAGAAGCAGGGGAAAUUGGAACAGCUCAAGAGCGUGCUUGAAAUGUACGGUCAUUUCUCGGGGAUCAACCGCAAAGUCCAGAUGAAGUACCAGCCCAGAGGCAGGCCUCGAGGCUCCUCGUCGGACGACGUAGGUUGUGCUGGUGAACCAUCGCUAGUGCUGAUACUCAAGUGGGGAGGAGAAUUGACCCCCGCCGGAAGGAUACAGGCGGAAGAACUAGGCCGGAUGUUCCGGUGCAUGUACCCGGGUGGACAGGGCAGGCAUAUUCCGGGUGAGGCUGGUACGCAAGGCCUAGGUCUUCUUCGUCUCCACUCGACGUUUCGACACGAUCUCAAAAUAUACGCAUCAGAUGAGGGCCGGGUUCAGAUGACGGCAGCGGCUUUUGCAAAAGGUCUGCUGGCGUUAGAAGGCGAGUUGACUCCGAUACUCGUGCAGAUGGUGAAAUCAGCGAAUACCAAUGGUCUUUUGGAUAAUGAUUGCGAUUCAUCGAAAGUUCAAAAUAUGGCCAAAGCCCGCCUCCAUGAAGCGAUGCAAGCAGACCGCGAGUUCACCCCAGAAGACAGGGCUCGUAUAAACCCAUGUUCCUCAUUAAGCAUAAACGCUGCUAUGGACUUCGUUAAGAAUCCCGUAAGAUGCUGCGCACACGUGCAUACAUUGAUACAGCAGUUGGUGAGAAUAGUUUUAACGAAGAAGGACGAUCCUAAAACUAAAGACACAAUACUAUACCAUGGCGAAUCAUGGGAGCUUAUGGGACGAAGAUGGGGCAAAAUCGAAAAGGAUUUUUGUACUAAACACAAAUCUUUCGACAUAUCCAAAAUCCCAGAUAUAUACGACUGUAUCAAGUACGAUCUGCAACACAAUCAGCACACUUUGCAAUUUGACCUGGCCGAGGAACUGUAUAUGUACGCGAAGUACUUGGCUGACAUCGUUAUACCACAGGAAUACGGCUUGACGAUGCAAGAGAAGUUAACGAUAAGCCAAGGUAUCUGUACGCCGUUGUUGAAGAAGAUUCGCGCAGACCUUCAGAGGAAUAUUGAGGAAUCGGGCGAAGAGAAUGUCAACAGGCUUAAUCCAAGGUACAGUCACGGUGUAUCGAGUCCGGGUCGUCACGUGCGUACGCGUCUGUACUUCACGAGCGAGAGUCACGUGCACUCGCUGUUAACAGUACUGAGAUUCGGCGGACUACUCGAUAUAGUGAAAGAUGAGCAAUGGCGACGUGCGAUGGAGUAUGUGUCAAUGGUGUCAGAACUUAACUACAUGUCUCAGAUUGUUGUUAUGCUAUAUGAGGACCCUACCAAGGACCCUUGCUCUGAAGAGAGAUUCCACGUGGAAUUACACUUCAGUCCGGGCGUGAAUUGCUGCGUGCAAAAGAAUCUUCCGCCGGGACCCGGAUUUAGGCCACAUUCGCGGAAUCAUUCUACGGCUAAUAAUGAACAAUUGUCCCCCGAUUCGGUUAAAUGUAUCGAAGAAGAAGUGGAAGAUGAUCAGAUGGCGAGUCAGGAGACAUUGCAGCCUGACGUGAUCGACGAAUUGGACAACACAUUCUCGGGGACGAAGUGUUCCAAAUCAAAAUUGAGACCCUCCGACCCAAUACCUAUUUGCAACCUACACUAUACAGUGAGUGGUCACGAAGCAUCGUCUCUAGCGGCGCGCCUCAACGAAGAGCUGCGCUCGCGCAGUCAUACACACCCUGAUGACAGAGAACAUGCGCAGAGCGAAGAGAAAGAGACUAAAGAGGGCGAAGAGCCACAGCCGCGAGCGCGCAGCUACGACCAACAAAAACAACAUGAUAAUGCCCCCGUUGUCCCCAUACUGAGAGUGAGUCCCCCUCAUUGCCCCCCUUCCCCCCCUUUCGGGCGCGUGGGGACGGGGCGCGUGGCCUCGUGGCCGGACUGUAGCGUGCGCGGCGCAGGGCGGCGUCAGCGGCACAGCAUCGCCGGCCAGAUGAGCUACCUCAAGAUGUUGGGGCUGGCUAGAGGCAAGUUGGGAGGCGCCGCGGGACUCUUCAGUACCGCCGUUAUAUCGGGCUCCAGUUCAGCGCCUAAUCUCCGAGUUAUGAUACCCUCAACUAAUAGUAAUACGGCAUUGGAGGGUUUCGGAGGUGUGCCAGCUAUUCGCCCUUUGGAGACACUCCACAAUGCGUUGUCUCUGCGACAGUUGGACGAUUUCCUUGAGAGACUCAGCGCAGCCCCUGUUCAGACAAUGACAAAACCCCUUGUUAAGCAUUCGCCUACCAAUAGUGUAGGUUGGAGUGGUCCAUCUUCUUUGAUGUCAUCAUCAGGAGAACUACCCAGUGCCUUGUCAUCAGCCGGCCCCUCUUCACCCAACUCCAACUACGCCGGAUCCGAAAACAAAAACAACGAAAGUAGCAAUUGGAGUAAAAAUGUUCCAAACAAGCUCCCCCAGUGGGACGGCGAGGCGGCGACAUUGUGCGAGCUGCGGCCCUACGCUCUCGGGGAACUCCUCCCAGGUUCUUCUAUUAGCGGCGAUGUGACGCCCGUUUCUGCGAGUUCAGAACUCGAGUUCAAUAGUAACGAGGCCACUGCCGGAUCGCUCACCGAUCACGAUAUUAUGAGUGCAGAGGGUGAAGAUGACGAAGGGACACUAUCAGCGGAUCCAUGUAGUUCGCCUGUAAAGAUAAUACGUAAUGAUUUGAGCCCAAUAUGCACAAGGAACACCCUCAAGCCAACAAAAACUAACUUAGUGUCAUAUAAUCUCACCCCACAACAGACAGAAGCCUUCUUCAAAGAUCUUCCCUGCAGCACCAAAAACUUCAACAAAGACGAAACAAAGAAAUGUUCAAAGGAACGGUUGAAGUUCUACAAAAACUUAGAUUCACUAAACAUACAAAGAGAUUUAGGAAAAUUAGAAAGCGAAGUUAGCACCAGUAGAAGAUAUAGUGACAGUAGCGCCCAAAAGAGCACAGCUGUAACUGGAAGUAGAUUCACUACAACGCUUGUGUCCGAAGACUGUUUGAGAGCUAGCGCUUCUGGUGAGAGCAAAUCAAAUAAUAACAUAGCCAAUACGGUACACAAACCUAUCCUAACGCCAUUAGUGACUACAGCUAAGAAUGCUAAUGUUAAACCCGGUUUUAACUUAUGA